AUGGAGUGUCGGAAGGAUUAUACGACGACUGCCGCCUACUACCAAAGACCUCAAGUUGCCUCUACCGAAAGCCGAGCAUCCUCCCCAGUGGAUUCGCAAGACACAAUAACUGUUUUCGGCGAUCGCCAUCACCACAAUGAUCUUCGAUCACGAUCCCUCGUUGCGAGGACGGAUCGUGAUAAAUUCAAUACCAAGACGCCAUCUCCCUUCAAACACGGAGGCUGGGCUUCACUUGAUGAUACGUGGUUUCUCGAGUGCCUCGCCAUGGCGUUCAGUUUCGCAUCCUUCAUUGCAGUCAUCAUUAUUCUGAGAGCCUACGACCAAAAGCCGUCCCCUAAUUUAUCUUACGGGCUGACACUCAACUCAAUUGUCUCUUUGCUAGCCACAGCAUCCCGAUCCUCAUUACUUUUCGUGGUAGCGGCAGCGGUAGGUCAAUUGAAAUGGAUCUGGAUUCAACAUCGGGAACGGCCCGUCUUAGACAUGCAGUCCUUCGAUGAUGCAAGCCGAGGGCCGCUAGGUGCUUUGUAUCUCCUCUUUCAGCACCGCGGGCUCUCGAUUGCCUCCCUUGGUGCUAUUGUUACCGUGCUUUCUAUGGCUUUAGAUCCAUUUAUACAGCAGAUUUUGAGUUACCCUGUUCAACAAACUCCAGGCAGCUCGACACAAGCGACGAUGCCCCAGGCGCUAACUUUUGCGUCAAAUACGAACUACACCUUCCUGGAACAAAGCUACAACGCUGCUCUUUGGAACACGGAUUUUGCAGUGAAUCCUACUUGCCCGUCUGGAAACUGUACUUGGCCAGAAUUCCAAUCCCUGGGUUUUUGCAGUAAAUGCCAGGAUGUGACCGACUUAGCCACCAUCUAUAAGUGUAAUCAAUGGACAGAGCCUGAUGUUGACGAUCAGGAAAACCUCACCGAUGACCAAAAAGACCAUAGUUGCACCGUGAAUUCCGGCAAUGGCGCAAAUGGCACCGCUGUGGUUGGAUAUUAUACUAAAAAGGACGGCAUGAGUAUUCCCGCAGAUCUCAUAUGGAUUCUUGGUCUUACCGACCGAGUGGAGUCCUCCUUGGGUGUUCCUUACCCGAUUUUUACCUUCGCGCAUGCCCAAUUUGAAGCCGGAUCUGCCAAUGCAACCAUCACAAACAUCACGGAGUUUGUCCAUGGGAUUCGCCUUAAAAGUGUGCAAGAAUGCGUUCUUUCCUUGUGCCUGAAGACAUAUAAUGUUUCUGUCACUUCUGGGACGCCACAAAUUAAUGUCACAUCUAUUGACUACGGGGAACGGUUCACCAAUAACCUUCCCGUCGACGAUGAAAUCGAAUACGGGUAUCAGGAUAUCGAUUGCUGGAGGCCGACUGAUCGACCCGGCCCGUUCAACUUUGUCAAGCUUCCCACGGGAACUGGGCCGAUACCGAGCAAUUUUCCAUUCUUGGGAUACAAGACUGAAUGGUACAACUUCAACUUUAGCACCUCGUCGUGGGCCAUGUCAGCUGAUAAAAGCUGGCACACCAGCGCCAACUUCCCGGCUGCAUUCACCAGAGUCUUAGACUACGGCCUUGGUUCGUUGCUGUCGGACAUGGCUGCCGCUCUCACCAAGUACACUGUGCAAACCGGCAACACCAGCGCAAGCGGCACAGUCAUGAUCUCCCAGGCCUUCGUCAAGGUAUCUUGGCAGUGGCUGACUUUCCCAUCUGUGCUUCUUGUCGCUGGCAUUGUCUUCUGGAUCACGACGGUGAUGAAGAACCGACAACACCGACUCAGCUUGUGGAAGUCAUCUAUUCUACCCAUGCUCUAUUGUGGUGCUGAGAAGAUUGACCCAAGGCUCGAGCGUCCUGGUUCUGCAGCCGAUUACACCAAAAUCAGCCAGAUGAGCCAGUCUGCACAAAUAACUCGUGUGAAAAUGGAAGAUAUCGUGGACGGUCGACUGCGGCUAGGACGGAACAAUUGGAGUGGCCCAUCUGUGAUCUAG